UCGGAAUUAUAAAUUAUGGGAGUGAAAUCAACGCCGAUAUUUCAGCUGAUAGUCCCACUAGUACCCUUAAUGCAGCAGCAAGUACAGACGGCCCUAGUCCUAAUAGCACUAGUGCUAAAACUUGUGUAACACUCAAUACUUGCAGUAAAGCGAAGGCUAUGUGUGGAUCCGCAUUUGUUCCCCCUACGUUGAACGGUUCAAGUCAUUAUUCAGCGUCGACUUGUUAUAAAAGCGCGAAAUAUAAUUAUGCCAUUGAUGUUAUGAACAAAUGGCAAAGUGACUGUGCUGCUUUAGGUUUCGCAUUCACUAAUACAUCAGAUUCCACAUCAACUAACUCAAAUUCAGAUAAUUCCACCAACAUUAUGAUAUACUUAAUUAUGUGCGCAACAGCGAUUGCUAUAUUUCUUGGGGUUUUCAUCAUGUGGCACCUAAAGAAACGUAAAAUAAGACAAUCCGAAGAAGAUGAAAAUACUUAUGAUGAUCCGAUGGAUUAUUCAGAAAAAAAAGAAUAUGAUUAUGGAGUUGCCCACCAGCCAACAUUUCAACCUCAAAACAUUCAAAUGCAACAACGUGCAAAUGUAAUGAAUUCAAAUUGGAAUGAGUCGAAAAACACACUUGUAAACAGUUUGGAUUAUAUAUACGAUGCAACCCAGAAAUUUAAUACCUUAAAACAAUCAACAACUCGAGAAGUUAGUGCCUUCGAACAAACAGCAACUCGGGAAGUUAGUGCUUUUGAACAAACAGCAACUCGGGAAGUUAAUCCCUUCGAACAAACAGCAACUCGGGAAGUUGGUGCCUUUGAACAAACAGCAACUCAGGAAAUUAGUGCCUUUGAACAAACAGCAACUCGGGAAGUUAGUGCCUCCGAACAAACAGCAACUCGGGAAGUUAGUGCCUUCGAACAAACAGUAGCCCAGAAAGUUAGUGCCUCCGAACAAACAGCAACUCAGGAAGUUAGUGCCUCCGAACAAACAGUAAUUCAUGAAUCUAAUGCUCUCGAACAAACAGUAAUCCAGAAAGUUAAUGCCUCCGAUCAAACAGCAACUCAGGAAUCUAAUGCUCUCGAACAAACAACAACUCAGGAAUCUAAUGCUCUCGAACAAACAGCAACUCAGGAAUCUAAUGGUUUUGGACAAACAAUAACUCAAGAAUCUAAUGCCCUUGAACAAACAGCAACUCAAGAAUCUAAUACACAUGUAAUUCAAGAAUCUAAUGCUCUCGAACAAACAACCACUCAGGAAUCUAAUGAUCUCGAUCAAACAACAACUCAUGAAUCUAAUGCUCUCGAACAAGCAGCAACUCAGAAAAUUAGUGCCUCUGAACAAACAGCAACUCAGGAAUCUAAUACACUUGAACAAACAGCAACUCAGGAAUCUAAUACACUUGAACAAACAGCAACUCAGGAAUCUAAUGCACUUGAACAAACAGCAACUCAAGAAUCUAAUGCACUUGAACAAACAGCAACUCUAGAAUCUAAUGCACUUGAACAAACAGCAACUCAAGAAUCUAAUGCACUUGAACAAACAGCAACUCAAGAACCUAAUGCACUUGAACAAACAGCAACUCAAGAAUCUAAUGCACAUGUAAUUCAAGAAUCUAAUGUUCUCGAACAAGCAACAACUCAAGAAAAUAAUGUUCUCGAACAAACAACAACUCAAGAAUCUAGUACACUUGAACAAACAGCAACUCAAGAAUCUAAUGCUCUUGAACAAACAGCAGCAGGAAAAUUUGAUGCCCUUAAACAAGCAACGACCCAUGAGCAAAAUACAACACAAGAAUUUAAUGCUCUUGAUAAAUCAGCAGCUCAAAAAGUUAAUGAAAACUCAAUCUCACUAGAAAUUGGCAAUAACGAUCAACAGUAUAAUUACUAUUCCGAUGAUGACUAUAAUGGCUAUAACAGUUAUUAUCGUAACAUCACUUCAAUAAUAUGUGCUUUGAUUAUCAAACAGAAAAAUGAAAAAUUUUUUGGGAAGAAAAUUAUAUGA